AUGCACAUGGCUCUAAACCUGCAAAAAGAAGGAAAAGAAUGCUUGAAGAAGAAUUAUGUUAGUUUUCCCAAUGUACUCCGGAUUGUUCAAGAUGCCAAUCACACGGAGCAAGAAAACGCACUGCCAGGCGUGUAUCGAAGCGGAUACGGACCGAUUGGUAAGCCGCUGCCCUUGCGAGUCGUGGUGGCACUACAGUUGCGUAGGUGUCAAAGACAGUAUCGCAGAGCCAGACCGAGCCUAUACAUUUCCCAACUGUCAACGGCCAUCAUCGACGAUACCAGUGGAAAGGCCCAAGAGUGGUACAAGUUCCAGAACAAGUGGAAUGAGAAGCAGUUAAAAGCAGAGAAGGAAAUGCGUGAGAAGGAACUCGCCAAUGAAAGAGAAAUGCAUGAGCAGAAAUUGAAGCAGGAGCAGGAACUGCUGGAGCGUCAGCUGGCCACCGAGCAAGAAUUUCUGGAGAAGCAGGAACGGAUUCGUCGCCAGGUGAACGACAGCAAGAUGAGAAUGCUGGUCGACAAUAGAAGCGAGGUCUUGUCAGCAAAAGACCAGAUGAUGCAGGAUUGGCUGUGCGAGCAGAAGUCUGCCAGCAAUCCGAUAUCUGGAGAUAUACGAGGAGCGUAUGGGAAAGGCAAGAAUCCACGGACGAGUGCGAUGCUCGGAACUCAGGUCGGUCUAGAUCAGAUCAAAAUACCUCUGACUAGACCGAAGUCGAUACCGAAUGUGUCAGAAGAGGAUCCGGAUACCGACGAGAGCAACAAUAGCGACCAUGAAGAGAGGGGAAGCAGAAUAUCGGCUGUUCCGUUUGGCGGUAAUUCACUGGCAGGUCAAUCUCGAGACGGGUCGGGGCAUCCAUUUCGAGUGACUAAAGAUCAGCUUGCAGUACGGCAAGCGAUGUCGAAACAUCUGCCGAUUUUCAAGGGUGAGCCGGAAGUAUGGCCACUAUUUAUCAGUAGUUUCGAAUAUACUACUGCGGCCUGUGGCUUCACCAACCUGCACAAUCUAAAGAGAUGGCAGGAUUGUCUGAAAGGUGAUGCACUCGUAGCGGUUCGAAGUCGCCUUGUGCUUCCGGAUUCAGUACCGGAUGUACUGAAGGACCUUCGAAAUUUAUUUGGCAAACCGGAGAAGCUUCUCAGAACCUUGCUUCAUAAGGUGCGCAGCGCACAGGCUCCGCGAGCUGACCGACUAGAUACGUUUAUUCACUUCGGAAUCACUGUCAAGCAGCUCUGUGAUCACUUGGAAGCAGCAGGCAUGAAUGACCACAUGAACAACCCGAUGCUAGUGCAGGAGCUGGUCGAGAAAUUACCACCCAAUUGCAAGCUAGAUUGGGUCAGAUUCAAGCGUGGGAAGGUCGAGACUCCGCUGAGAAUGUUCACCGAUUUCGUAACAGAUAUCGUGUCUGACGUGUCCGAAGUAGCGGAAUUUUCAACUCUCUCGCUUCGGGAACCAGUACGUCAAACCAUAGGAAGGGCUAAGAAAAAUGAGUUUGUCCAUCUGCAUGAAUCAUCGGCGAAGUACGGAGGCUCCGGUGGGAAAGGUAGCAGUGCUUGCUGGGUGUGCAAACAGACCGACCAUUUGAUCAGGAACUGUGAUGAAUUCAGGAGAAUGAGAGUUCCGGAGCGGUUGGAAGCGGUCGAUCGGUUGAAACUGUGUACGCUGUGCCUGAAUAAUCACGGGAACAAUCGGUGUAAUUCCAAGAUGCGUUGCUCGAUGGGGAAUUGCCAAGGAGGCCACCACCCUUUGUUACAUCGCAUGGAAGGAUCCAUGAGAAUGCAGAGAGCCGAUUGUAACACACACAAAAACGACAAUCGUGCAGUGAUAUUUCGUAUGGUUCCAAUUACCUUGUAUGUGGGGAGAAAGGCCUUCAAUACAAUAGCCUUUCUUGACGAGGGGUCGUCUAGCACUCUCAUAGAGGAAGCAGUCGCGAAUAAGUUGGGAGCCAAGGGCGAGUCGGAGCCAUUGAUCGUAUCCUGGACGGGAGACAUCAAACGGUACGAGAAUGGUUCGCAUCGUGUCAGUUUGAUGCUGUCAGCGCAAGGAUCGAAGGAGAAGUUUCGUUUGGAGAACGUACACACAGUCUCUAAUUUGGUGCUGCCGAAGCAGGACGUGCAAUUUUCGGAGGUAGCCAGGCGAUACUCGCACCUGGCAGGUGUCAGUGUGACUGAUUAUGGUGAAGAGCAGCCCACGAUUAUGAUCGGUCUGGAUAACAUCCAUCUAUUUGCGCCGUUGGAGUCACGGAUUGGUGGACAAGGCGAACCGAUUGCUGUGCGAUCGAGACUUGGUUGGACGGUUUACGGGCCAGAAAAGCAGAAGGCAGCGGCCGAAACGUUCUUGAAUGUGCACAUCGUCAAACCAGCAACAAAUGAGGAGUUGCAUGACAUGAUGCGGGAGCAGUACGCCCUCGAUGAGGCGGGAAUUACCUCAUAUGAAGUGCCGGAGCCAGUUGAAGAGCAGCGGGCCCGAGAGAUAUUGCGAACGACAACGAAACGCGUUGGCAAACGGUUUCAGACGGGUUUAUUGUGGCGUGAGGAUGAACGAAACUUUCCUGACAGCUAUCCAAUGUCUAUGCGUCGGUUACUAGCGCUCGAAAGGAAGUUGAAUAGAGAUCCAGCUUUAGAUCGCAUCGUUCGAGAGCAGAUAUCAGAUUACCAGAUAAAGGGUUACGCUCAUAAAGCAACGGCAGAAGAGUUGGAGCAAACUCCUCGUUCUGCUGUUUGGUACUUACCGUUGAACGUGGUAUUGAAUCCUCGUAAACCUGGUAAGGUACGCUUGGUGUGGGAUGCUGCUGCGACAGUGAAUGGAGUCUCUUUGAAUUCGGAGUUACUCAAACGACCGGAUAUGUUAGUGCCGCUUCCAAGAGUGAUCUGUCACUUUCGUGAAAAACCGGUUGCAUUCGGAGCUGACAUUCAAGAGAUGUACCACCAAGUUCGUAUACGAGAGGAGGACAAACAGGCGCAGAGAUUUCUGUUCAGAGAGGCCUUAACUGACGCACCGCAGGUUUAUGUUAUGGACGUGGCCACUUUCGGUUCCACAUGCUCACCUAGUUCCGCGCAGUUCGUAAAGAACAUGAACGCUGAACAGUUUGCAGAGAGGUAUCCGGAAGUAGCGGAUGCGAUUAUAAGGCGGCACUAUGUGGACGACUACUAUGACAGCGUAGAUACUGUCGACGAAGCGAUCAAGCGAGCCAACGAGGUGAAUUUCAUUCAUUCGCAAGGAGGUUUUAACAUCCGAAACUGGGUCUCAAACUCGACAGAGUUUCUGGAAGCGUUGGGUGAACGGACCGUGGAAACCGCCGUACAUUUUAACCGUGAUAAAUGUACGGACUAUGAACGCGUUUUGGGCAUCGUUUGGGAGCCGGUAGAGGACGUCUUCUGCUUUGCUGUUGCUUCGAAAGAAGAAUUUUGUGAAGUUCUUCAAGGAAAGAAACGUUCGACCAAGAGAAGUGCAAUCAUUCAAGUUGCCACGUAG